AUGAAAAAUACUAAGACAGCACCUUUCCCUGGGUCACACCCGACAAAUCCCCCUCUCUGUCACUCAAAAGUACCAGUCGUUCCAAGUCCAACUGUAAUCAAUGACUGGGAACCUUGUGGUCGAAAGACUACCACUGUAGACUCAGAGGACUCGGAUGCAGAUGAAACAGACGAAGAGCGGGAGGAAGACGAGGAAGUCACCGAGGAUAACAUACACUGGACACAACCUCCAUUCACUGCUGGACAAUACAUCCCUCCCCCAACUGUUGCUGAAGCAGCUGCUGCACUGAGUGAUCUCAAGCUCCUCAUUCAACCAUGUCGGACAUCGGGCAUUGGACACAAAGACCCAAAACUCGAUCUUUUGCUGUGGAGUCGGCUCAAAAAGAUGCGGAUGUUCCUAUGGAACUACACAAAGCCUGUUGGUGCCUGCAGGUGGCAAGCAGCAUCACUGAUGACUGCAAAUGCAUAUGAAAAGUCUACAUGGUUAGCAGGUCGUCUUCGUCAAUGGACGAGAGCUUACAUAUUGGACCGGAAUGAUCUCCCAUUCAAUAUCUAUGGCACCUGGAACUCAUCCAUUCUUGAAGAUGAGGAUUUUAAAGGAGAGUUACUCCUCCAUCUACAGGGGAUCGGAAAAUGUACUCACUCGGCUAAAGCUCAAGAAGCCCAUUUCACUCACAACAGCACAACAUUGGAUGAAACAUGUGGGAUACCGAUGGUCAAAGACACCGACGGGACAUUUGGGCUGAACUUCUCUCGCGCACUCGGAUUUAUGCGACUGAUGGAAGUGAAUUCAACAUACUAUGCGAAUGACCACCGGAAAAUUCGAUGGGUGCAUAAAUCAGAGACUGCUGUACCUUAUGCAAAGGGUGAGGGUGCCUCGUUAAUGGUUGCUGACAUGGUCAGCCCUGACUAUGGAUGGCUACAGUCACCUGAUGGCAAGCAGCAUGCUCGUGUACUGUUCAAGGCUGGCAAAGCUCGCGAUGGAUACUUCACGACACAAAACAUACUCGAUCAGGCCUCAAACGCGAUGGAUAUCCUACGUGAUCAUUUCCCGGAUGAAGAUCAUGUCAUGGUCUUUGACAAUGCGACCACUCACCUCAAGCGUGCCGACGAUGCAUUAUACGCUCGCAAAAUGCCCAAGUACCCCCCGAAGCAUGGAAAGGACUGGGAUGGAAGUGACUGGGGUGCAGGUAGACAGCCAAAGAACUGGGGAGUAGAGGUGAAUGUAGUGGAUGAGAAUGGGAAGCCGGUCUAUUCACCUAGCGGAGAGAUAAAGAAGACGAGGGUCAGAAUGUGUGGUGCCACAUUUGCAGAUGGCUCUCCCCAGUCAUUGUACUACUCUGAAGGCCAUGAACUUGCAGGUGUCUUCAAAGGGAUGGCUACCAUACUCCACGAAUGA